AUGUUCUGUUGUUUGAUAAGAGAUGGUUUGAAAUAACCCUUCUGCAAACAUUUAUCAUUAUUCAACUAAGGUUAACCAUUCCAAUUCCAUUAAAGGAUUAUGAACUUCAGCAAAUUUCAAAUACCUGUGUCUUAUACUUUUUAAAUUGUGAUACAUUCUUAGCUAAAAUUUUUAAAGGAAUUUCAAAUUGUAGCAUAUUUUUUUCUUAGCCUUAGCAUUCAAUCAAAUGAUACCAAUAAGACAAUUCCAUAUUUUUUUUUGAAGGUAAGAGUAUUUUCUUAUUUAGGAAAUAAAUUAUGAAGCAUUUUGA